AUGUCAGUGUCGUGCGGGGUUGAGUGCGUGGUGGUGCUGGGGUGCCUCCGGUGGGGGUGGAAGCGCUGCACCUACAUAGGCUCCUACGACAGCGCUACAUGGCCCAUGGCCACUGCCGACGAAUUCGACCCUGUCCCCCGCGUCUGUCGCGUCACCCUCGCGGUCUACGAAGAGGACCUCCGAAAUCCCCAGUUCGCUCCCCGGUGGCUACCGCAUGAACCCCGACUGGGUCGUCAAGCGAGUCACCUACGAGCAGACUCAGGGCAACGCCCCUCCUUACCUCAUCUACCCGACCACGACCACCGCGAGAUCGUUUUAACCAUUCGCUCCUCAAUUUGGUCAAAAGAGAGCGAUUACAAGCUCCUUCUCGAUAAUCGAUUGGGUAUGCAGAUGUUCGACGGUGGAUACGUGCACCACGGGCUUUUAAAAUCUGCAGUUUGGUUGCUGAAUCAGGAAUCGGAGACUUUGAGGCGAUUGUGGGUGGAGAAUGGGUCGUCAUAUAGGAUGGUGUUUGCGGGGCACUCGUUGGGGUCUGGCGUGGCUGCAUUGCUGACAGUAAUGGUGGUGAAACAUCGCGACGAGUUCGGUGGGAUUCCGAGAGUAAUGUGCGAUGUUAUGCGAUAG